AUGGCAGCAGGAACGAUGGUGGCAAAUGUUGAAGCAGUGAAUGCCACAGAAACAACAGCUCAUAUUGACAGUCAGAGUCUUACGUCAGCAUUAAAUGUUGAUUUACAUGCGCAAAUGGAUAAACCAACAGGCGAACAACAGCUACGUCACUCAUCGUCGUUUAAUAUUCAGAUUGAGAACAAUAAUGGCAAACACAAGCAUCAUCAAUCAUCAUCACAAGAAGAAAUGGCUUUUGCAGAAGAUGGUUUAUGCUUGAUUAAUGAAGAAGGUUUAGAUGAUAGGCAAACAGAAAUACAACAUAAUUCAACUGGUAUUACUCAGAGUGGUGAAAUACAUGGUGACAUGAGACACCAACAACCACAAAUGAAAGUAACGGGUGCUGGAUAUCAUGCAACAAUUAAACCUGUCAUUAUCAAUAGAGAACCAGAAAUUUUAACAAAAUUUCAAUCGCAGGUGUCAUUUAGACAGCGUCAUCUUUCAUUGGACUGGGAUAAUUUUCCAAUUAACAACUCACCCUUACCUUUAAAAAAUGCCAUCAUUCAUGAACAACCAAACCUAUUACCCAAUCGUGGCAUGUCUCAGAUUUUAAGCAAACAAGUUACCAGCAAAGUACCAUUAUCCUCAUGUGUAAGUAAGGUAAUACAAACACAACAAGAAAAAAGAAUGCUUGAUAUCCCGCAAUUUUCUGGCGAAUUGAAACACAAUGUAAAACAGUGGCUUCGAGAUAUUCGUCAAGCAUGUGAUGAUCAAGAAAUAUCAGAUCAUGAUGGUUAUUUAUUAGCUAUUUCAAAACUAAGUGGUGGUGCGCGCGAUUUUUUUAAGUCUCAUCAACAAUAUGCAGUAACGUGGAAUUCGCUUGUUGAUUUAUUGAUGAAUCGUUAUCCCCCGCCACAAAUGGCAAGUCCUGAGGAACUAUUGCUUAGAUUGGUACAACGUCAACAAGGUAUUCGUGAAUCUAUUGCUGAAUACUAUGAAAAGAAAAAUCAAUUGUGCGAUGAAUAUGAUAUUUAUAUGACAGAUCAGCAACGUAUUUAUUAUUUGAAACAAGGAUUACGGGUGGAGUUAAAACAAUAUGCUGAAUGUCAUUCAUUCGUGUCAUUAGCACAAUUUAAAAAUG